GUACAAAGAUCCAGACUUUAGUAAGCUUGCAACUUAGUAUUGUGAAGUUAUUUUAAAACAAUGACCACUUGCUUUAACACAAAAUUAAAAUCGUUUCAUGUAAUUUUGAUUGUCUCCACAAUAACUCUCGUUAAUACCUUAUUACUCGGCUUCAUAUUUUACAUGCCAUGUCUAAGGUCUAUGGUCAAAUGGCAAAGACAGCUAAAACCGGGAAACGAAGUGCGCGAUUUCUACAUCAAACUACCAAUUCCUUUAGAUUUCCGAGUCUAUUUUUUUAACAUUUCUAAUCCGGAGGAAGUAAAACAAGGCGAAAAACCCAUUCUGAAACAGAUUGGUCCGUACUGUUACGAUGCCUAUAAGGAAAAAAUCAACGUCGAAGACGACAAAGACAAUGACACUCUCACUUACAACCCUUACGACACUUAUUUUUUUAACCAAAUGAGGACGGGUGAUUUAUCACAAGAUGAUUACGUUACAAUUCUUCACCCCCUCACUGUGGGGAUUGUAAACGCAGUCGCCACCCAAAAACCUCAAUACCUCUCAGCGGUAAAUAAGGCCCUCCCUGUCAUUUUCAAAGAAAACAGCUCGAUUUACCUCACUGCAAAAGUGCGCGAGAUACUUUUCGACGGCAUUUUGAUAAAUUGCAACGUUAAAGACUUUUCGGCAAAUGCUGUGUGUUCACAAUUCAAGGGCCAACCGGCCAUGGUGGAAGUCGAAAAAAAUAUUUACAGUUUUUCCCUACUAGGCUCGGUAAUUUUUUUGGGGGAUGGCCAAAUGGUAGUAAUUUUUUUCCAGCGAAAUGGUUCCAUCCCCACACGUAUCACCAUACACAGAGGGGUUAAAAACGCAGCUGAUAUCGGCCGUGUGGUCACAAUUGAUAAUAAAACAGACCUGGAUGUGUGGCCUGAACCAGAAUGUAACGCCUUUCGGGGAACUGACGGUUGGGUUUUUCCCUCGUUUUUGGAGAAGGAAGACGGGAUCUGGACCGUGGCGUCGGAUUUGUGCAGAAGUUUCAAAGCUCAGUACGUGGAAGAUUUGAAGUUUCACGGUGUCGUUGUCCGAAAAUACUUUGCCGAUCUUGGUGACAUGUCAUCAAACCCUGCCGAGAAAUGUUUCUGUCCAGCACCCGAAAAGUGCCUACCUAAGGGCGUAAUGGACUUGACCAAGUGCAUGAAAGUGCCUUUAUACUGCACUUUGCCCCAUUUUCUGAGAGCCGAUGAAAAAUUAUUGCAACAAGUCGAGGGUCUCAGUCCUGAGCUUGAAAGACACAUUAUAAAAAUCUACUUUGAGCCUUUAACCGGAACUCCAAUGUUGGGUCAAAGACGAAUUCAGUUCAAUUUGCAACUAAUGCCAAUUCCCAAAGUUGCGAUGAUGAAAACGGUACCUGAAGCCCUCCAUCCGAUUUUAUGGAUCGAAGAAGGAGUCGAACUUGAAGGGUUUCUUUUGAAAAAAGUGACCUCAGUGUUCACAUUGCUUAAACUAAUGACUUUUGUUCGGUACAUAAUGUUGGGACUUUCCAUCCAAGGAAUAUUAUAUGGAGGCUACAAGCUGUAUCAAGAGUCCAAAAGUAAGAAAGUUAGUCCGGUGCAAAAUGGGACGACGGAAUCCAAAAACCACAAUCAAGGAAAAACUGGUGGCAUUGAACUACCAUCGAUGAACAAGAGGAAUAAAGAAAAUACCAAAAAUGCUCUUGAUCCGCUCACUGUGGCCAUGCACAAGUCGAAGAAAAUACUAGCCGGUUCGGUAGCUGCGACCCUUUUCGUUGUGGUUUUCGGUUUUAUUACCUUCUCAGGUUUCGUCAAGUUUGCGGUUCGAGACCAAACUGCGCUUAGGCGGAGAAAUAUAAUGAAGAAGGUGUACUUGAAAAUCCCCAUGCCGUUGGAUUUUCGCGUCUAUUUUUUCAACAUCACGAAUCCGUCUGAAGUGCAAAACGGCGAACUGCCGGUGGUUAAAGAAGUCGGACCGUACUGUUACGAUGCCUUUAAGGAAAAAAUCGACGUUUUGGAGAACGAGGGCGAGGACAGUCUCACUUACACCCCCUACGAAACUUAUUUUUUCAAUCAGGACAAAUCCGGGCGCUUGACUGCCGACGAUUACGUGACGGUUCUCCAUCCCCUGAUUGUGGGUAUUGUUAAUACCGUUUCAAGAGAUUCACCGCCUUUGUUACCCAUCGUGGACCGAGCCAUUAAAUCAAUAUUCAAAGACCCGCAAAAUAUCUACAUCACAACGAAAGUUCGGGACUUUUUGUUUGACGGAAUGACGAUUAACUGCAAAGUUCAGGACUUUUCGGCAACGGCUGUUUGCACGCAACUUAAAGCCCAGAUUCCGGGAUUGAUUGAAAUUGAGAAAAAUGUUUACAAGUUUUCGAUUCUAGGACCGCGAAAUGGCACGUUACCGAACCGGUAUAAAGUCUUCAGAGGGAUGAAAAAGUGGCACGAAUUGGGUCGUUUAGUUGAGGUGAAUCACGAAAAGGAGUCAACAGUGUGGUCCACGAAAAAAUGUAACAGAUUUAGGGGAACUGACGGUUGGAUUUUCCCCCCGUUUAUCGACAAGGAAGUGGGUUUUUGGACGUAUUCUUCCGAUUUGUGCCGCAAUAUGCACCUCGUCUUCGUCGAAGAGACGAGUUUUCACGGAGUUCCCGCUGAGAAAUAUUACGCCGAUUUGGGCGACAUGUCUUCAAACCCUGACGAGAAGUGUUACUGUCCGAAGACUUGUCUCCCGAAAGGCAUGAUGGACUUGACCCGCUGUAUGGGGGUGCCCAUCUACGCCACCCUGCCGCACUUCCUCCGAGUGGACAAAGAAGUGAGGAGAACUGUCAGAGGCUUGAAGCCAAUCACCGACGAACACAUCGUGCGAGUGAUAAUCCAACCUUUGUUGGGAACUCCACUAGAAGCACAAAAGAGAAUGCAAUUCAAUUUGCCGAUCCAACCUGUCAAGAAAAUUAGUUUAAUGAAAACGUUGCCUCAGGCCCUACAUCCCAUUUUCUGGAUCGAGGAAGCGAUCGUUUUGGAAGGACCGCUGUUUAAAAUGAUUAAAUUCGUUUUCGUUGCUUUGAAAGUGUUUGAUGUUGUUAAGUAUUGCUUGUUGGCGGUUUGUCUCGCGUUUGUGGCUUUUGGGAGCUACUUGUGCUACAAGGAGAGGAAGCAGAAGAAACAGGCGGUGACGCCCGUGACCAAAACUGCCAGUACUGAGCAUUUACUUAAGUCUGAACGAUAUGCUUCUGAAGAAAAUAAAAAAAUUGAAGACUAUAUUAAAAAUGACGAAAAAAUUGGAAAAUUUUAACGAAAUUUCAACACACUUAGUAGAAUCACUGAAGCUUCAUCAAAGAGCACAAAAUUACUCAACAACUGCCUAUUAUACAUAAAUAAAUUUUUUGGUUACAUCGA